GGCCUAGGUGGCGGUGGUGUACACGUCCUGCGGGGCAGAAUUGCAGGGGGCUUUGCAGAGUCGCGUCGUGGUGACGGCUUGAGGAUCUGAGGCAGAGGUGCCGGCGGCAGGACUGGAUCUGGAAAUGUGGGGACCAGAGACUUGACUUGUGUCCUUGCAUUCACAACUAGGUGCACCACCUCCUGGCCUCUAGAUUUUGACAUCUUAUUUGCUCUUCACAACUCUGAGAUUAGCAGGAUUCUUCUGCUGACUUAACUAUUUUUCCUGGAAAAACAUGGAUUAUUCCCACCAUAUGGGGAUGAGCUCUAUGGACCACAGCAGCAACAAUACCAUGACACCUCCUCACCAUCACCCUACCACUUCAGCCUCACAUUCCCAUGGUGGGGGAGACAUGAUGAUGAUGCCUAUGACCUUCUACUUUGGCUAUAAGAAUGUGGAACUGUUGUUUUCUGGUUUGGUAAUCAAUACAGCUGGAGAAAUGGCAGGAGCUUUUGUGGCAGUGUUUUUACUAGCAAUGUACUAUGAAGGACUCAAAAUAGCCCGAGAGAGGCUGCUGCGCAAGUCACAAGUCAGCAUUCGCUACAAUUCCAUGCCUGUACCAGGACCAAAUGGAACCAUCCUCAUGGAGACACACAAAACUGUCGGGCAGCAGAUGUUGAGCUUCCCUCACCUCCUGCAGACAGUGCUGCAUAUCAUACAAGUGGUCAUCAGCUACUUCCUCAUGCUCAUCUUCAUGACCUACAAUGGAUACCUCUGCAUUGCUGUCGCAGCAGGGGCCGGCACAGGAUACUUUCUCUUCAGCUGGAAGAAGGCAGUAGUGGUGGAUAUCACAGAGCAUUGUCAUUAAUGUCAAACCCCAUGGUGUGGCCUUAUCGAUCGCAGUGGAAAGUAGUUCAAGACUGGAAGACAAGAGUCCUAUUCUGAUCUUUCCAUUUUCUGCCCUUAUCUCUCUCUCUCUCUCUCUCUCACACACACACACACACACACACACACACCUGUUUUAACACAGAUUUAUCAAUAGCUUGCUGUGUGAAGCUAAAGUGGUAAUGUCUAUUUUGUCUUUUUUUGUUUCUAAUGAACUGAGAUUCUCAUUUUUCUUGAGAUGAAGCAAACUAUGAGAAAUCCUCUCCCACCUACCCCCAUCAUCUUAGAAUUCAGGUUAUAUGUUCUUGUCUAAUUCAGAUUACCUACUAUCCAAUGACUUGAUCACCUGAUUCCUUUUUUUAGUCUUUUUUUUUAAUAGAUGCUCUGUGAAUUUUCUGGGUUUUUCCUUCAUUAGGUGAUAAAAAAGGGAAUAACUCCAGCCAUGAUUACUAGCAGCUGAAGGAAGUUCCCAUUCAGCUAGACCUAGAACCUAAAUUUAAUGUUAAAAUUUAAAUUCCAGUCUUUGAACUCAAUGAGUGAGAGGAACAUUGUGCCUUUCCCUAGGUACAAUAUGUUGCACUGAAAUUGUAGUGUGCAGAGAGCUGGUUUGAACUAAAUAUAGUCCUGGAGUUUGCAAAAGUAUGCAUUCCUGGGUGGUUGACUCAUCAAUUGUAAUCCCACUUAACAUUUUGAUUAGAAGGAACCUGUCAAUCAAAAAAGAUGACAAUCAAUUUGGGAAAAUAGAAAUAGAUGUUUUAAAAUAAAACUAUUGGCAUUUUACAUUGAUUUGGUACCUUGGUUUGUCACAACUGAAUGAAACAAGAGUCUGAAUUGUUACCUCCUGUUUUUAUGUGUCUGCCUCCAAACCAGUGGUGUUCAAACUUGAACAUGCAUCAGAAUCACCUGGAUGGUUUCUUAAACAAUAAUUGCUGGAGCUCAACCCACAAUUCUAAAGUUGGUACUUCUAGAAGGUUCCCAAGUGACGUUCCUGCUGGUGGUCUGAAAACCACAUUUUAAGAAUCUGCUUUAAUCUACAGGAGUAGCACCUGGUAACUGAGCCAACCUGGUACUGGGCAUGGGGAUUUGAAUUUUAAUUGUUAAUUGGUAGGUAGUAUGUCUGGACCUAACUCACAUACUAAAUGCUACUGGUCAAUACUUAGUCAUUCCACAAACAUUUAUUCAGCUCCACCUGUGUGCCCAGGUGCAUGUGCACAAAAGGCUUUAGCCAAAGUGACUUAUCAGCAUGCAUGAAAUUACUACUCCUUAUUUUUAAAGAUCUAUGAUUUCUUAGAAAUAGUGUGAAGGUUAAGAAAGACCUUUGAUCUGCAUUGCAAAUCAAUCUGCCAUGGGCCAAAAGGGCCAAAACUCAGCACUCUCUUGGAGAGGCUAAGGGUGUGGUCUGCUAGUGGCCAGGAUUUUCUCAGCUCCCCAUCAUCCAUGCCCACACCGGAUGGAUCCUCAUCCUCUUCAUGACCAUUACUCUCUGGAGCUUACUUAGAUCACAAGUGACCAAAUUUUAUUUUCUGAAUGAAGAAUCACAUAUUUGUAUUGUUUGUUGCUUUCCACAGCAGUCUUAUUCCCUGUCCAAACUACCUCUGUAAUGUGACUUUUUCUGUGCUAGUCUGUUAAACCCUGCCCUCCUUGGUGCUAGACUCCAACUGUGCCUCUGGGCAGAGGAGACAAAACACAGCUAUCCUGUUGGCUUCUAUUAUGGUUUCAAAGUUUGUACUUUCUCUGCGGGUGCAGUUAAAUAUUGAAGGACUGUGUAAUGGCAGAGCUUUGAACCAAAAGAGGAUUAUGAGCCUACUGGAUUGAAGUUAAAAUCUAAGAACCUACAUUUAGAGUUGUGUAUUUUUCUCAUCCCAGCUCCUUGUACUGAUACUUACCCUGAGCAGAGUAAAUGGUAAGUACUGACACUGUCCAACAUUAAGAUGUACAUAGCCUAUCUUUUGUCUCAGAAGCCAAGAAAUAAUAAAAUCAUAUAAAAUAAGAGAACCAAUGUUUAAUAGGGACCAUGGUGCUCUCUAAGAAUCUUGAUAUGAGGUGUCAUAAAAUACGCUUUCAGUAAUAUGCCUUCCUCAGUAAGGUAAAGAAAAAUUAAGGCCAGAUAAAUCAAGUGCUGUGAAUUUGAAACUCACAGAGAAGCAUUGAUUUAGGGUAGAUUUUCAGGCAUUCAAGACAGCCUCAGUCUCAUGAGAGACUUGAAUUCUUUAAACUGUAUUGCCAAAGGAAGAAGUUAGUGAAGGAGGGAAAAAAAAAAAAAAAAAAAAAACUCUGAUUCUCUUGAACUCUUCCAUUGUGGUAAUAUAAUGAUCUCAAUUGGAGUUUUUUGUUGCUGCUUUAAAAUUUUUUUCCCACUCUACAUACCUAUUCAGAAGUUAGUGCAUAACUUAUUUUGCAUUCAAAUUUCUCUUUUCCUCCCCUAUUCACAUUGAUCUGCUUCCUUUUGUCUUGUUAUUCAGUUCUCCUUUUCCCUUUCUGCCCUUUAUAUCUAGUUGAUUGACUCUCCCCAACCCUCCCAAUGUAAUGGACAUUGCUAUAAGUGGCUAUUACCAACCACAAGAGAACUUAACAUAUGCUUUGAGGAGCAUUUAUCCCACUAAAACUUCUGUAAGUUUGGGUAAAGGGCUACCCAGGUCCAUAUGCAGUGUUAUAGAAUCUGAGGUACAGUUUCCAGUUGGUAACCCCCAUUAUCCACAACCAAAAAACUAGAGAUUAAAAUUUCUUUACUACUACUAUAGAGGCUUGACUAGAUUCCCUUUCAGACUGUAGAGCACUCAUCUUCAGUUCUGACCACAAGGGAUUCCAUAUAAAAAAGCAGAAGGGAUUGGGGCAAAAGGUAUGCUGUCAUGCCAUUCAAUUUCUAUCAUGCCCUGCCAUUCAAUUUCUAUCCUGCCCUCUGCACUUGCUGCUUUCAGAAGAUACAUCUAAAGAUACAAAGUCUGAUUUUGAUUAUGAUGCCUUAAUCACUGGGUUUACAAUUAAUGUUGACUGUUUUAGACUGUAAGCUCCUAGAGAGCAGGAUUGCUAUAGUAGGGAUAUUUUAACAUUGUUGUGUGCUAAAGAACAAAAUAAACAUUUUGAUUUUGUGA